AGGUGGCGUUUCUGUCCGGCCACGAGAGACUGUAUAGCCCCGCCGCCCGCGGGCAAUGGUGCGGCGGAGCGCGCAGACGCGGGCGGCCCUGCGGUGGGUAUGAAAGGAGGAUGGAAGGGCAGGACGAGGUGUCGGCGCGGGAGCAGCACUUCCACAGCCAAGUGCGAGAGUCCACGGGUUUCUCUGUGUGUAACCCUGGCUGUCUCGGAACUUGCUCUGUAGACCAGCUGGCCUUGAACUCACAAAGAUCUGUCUGCUUCUACCUCCCCGAGUGCUGGAAUUAAAAGUGUGAACUACCACCACUUGACUUAGCCAGCAUUCUUGACAUCUUUAGGCUUCCAGAACAGAUGUUGGGACUGUGUUCCAUCAGUCUCCCACAUGUAUUAUGAGGAUGUUGACACUCAGUUUGCCGUGCUCCUCUCCAUUUCAUUGUUGUUUUCUAAGUGGAUGGCUUAGACAGGGAUGACUACCAACCAAGUCUGAAGUCUUUUUUAUUACAUGUCCACCAACUCAUACUGAGAAGUCCGUGCUCGGAGUGACCACUAGAUUUCAGCAGGUUGAAAGUCAGGUUUUUUUCAACAUGCUCCAUAAGCUUGAGUGAGGCUUUAUUUUUAUCAUUUGGUCUUUGGUGGAUAUCCUGUUUCUUGACCUUCCCUGAUGAAAAUAAAGGGCCAUGUACACAUAUGACCCAAAUAAAAAUGGGUAGACUUGGGUGGACAUUUCUCAAAAGAAGAUAUACAAAUAUACAACAGAUAUAUGAAAAUGUACUUAGCAUCUUUGUCAUAGAGAAAUGGAAGGGAAGAUUCACCUCGUAUCUGUUGUAAUGGCUGCUUCUGUAGAACAAGAGAGAAGUUCUGUUGAGGAUGUGGAAUAAAAGGAAGCCUUGUGCACUCCUGGCACCAGAACAGCAUGACAUGUCCUCCAGAAUGCAAAGCAGAUAUGCAAAGUGCGCUACCUCUUCCAUUCUGGAUCCACAUUCAAAGGGAAUGAGUUGGUUUAUGAGACACACUGUGCUCAGGGUUCACCAUGUCAUGUUAUAGAGACAACUGAUGUGUGUGCCAGUAUAGAUAAAUAGAUAUGUUUUCUUCUCUUUGCCAUUCUCUACAUCGUUUCCUACUUCAUCAUUAUAAGAUACAAGAGAAAAUCAGAUGAACAAGAAGAUGAGGAUGCUGUAGUCAACAGGAUAUCGUUGUUUCUGAGCACCUUCACUCUAGCUGUUUCAGCUGGCGCUGUUUUGCUUUUACCCUUCUCAAUCAUCAGCAAUGAGAUCCUGCUUGCUUUCCCUCAAAACUACUAUAUUCAGUGGCUGAAUGGCUCCCUCAUCCAUGGUUUGUGGAAUCUUGCUUCUUUAUUUUCCAAUCUUUGUUUAUUUGUGUUGAUGCCCUUUGCCUUUUUCUUUCUGGAAUCAGAAGGUUUUGCAGGCCUGAAAAAGGGAAUCCGAGCCCGCAUUUUGGAAACACUGGUUAUGCUGCUGCUUCUUGCGUUGCUGAUUCUUGGGAUGGUGUGGGUGGCUUCCGCCCUGAUUGACAGUGAUGCUGCCAGUAUGGAGUCUUUAUAUGAUCUCUGGGAAUUCUACCUGCCCUAUUUGUAUUCUUGCAUUUCGCUGAUGGGAUGCUUGCUGCUUCUCUUGUGUACUCCAGUUGGCCUGUCCCGUAUGUUCACAGUCAUGGGUCAGUUGCUGGUGAAGCCAGCGAUUCUUGAAGACCUGGAUGAACAAAUUUAUAUGAUUACUCUAGAAGAAGAAGCACUCCAGAGAAGACUGCAUGGGCUAUCUUCAUCGGUGGAGUACAAUGUAAUGGAAUUGGAGCAAGAACUUGAGAAUGUAAAGAUCCUUAAGACAAAAUUAGAGAGGAGGAAAAAGGCUUCAGCUUGGGAGAGAAAUUUGGUGUAUCCUGCUGUUAUGGUUCUCCUUCUUAUUGAAACAUCCAUUUCAGUCCUCCUGGUGGCGUGCAAUAUUCUUUGCCUGCUCGUUGAUGAGACUGCAAUGCCAAAGGGAACAAGGGGCCCCGGCAUAGGAAGUGCCUCUCUUUCCACUUUUGGCUUUGUGGGAGCUGCACUUGAAAUCAUUCUGAUUUUCUAUCUCAUGGUGUCUUCUGUUGUUGGUUUCUAUAGCCUCAGAUUUUUUGGAAACUUUACACCCAAGAAGGAUGACACAACUAUGACAAAGAUCAUUGGGAAUUGUGUGUCAAUCUUAGUUUUGAGCUCUGCUUUGCCUGUGAUGUCCAGAACACUGGGAAUCACUAGAUUUGAUCUACUUGGAGACUUUGGAAGAUUUAAUUGGCUGGGAAAUUUCUAUAUUGUAUUAUCCUACAAUUUACUCUUCGCCAUCAUGACAACAUUGUGUUUGAUCAGAAAAUUCACAUCAGCUGUACGAGAAGAACUUUUCAAGGCCCUAGGACUUCACAAACUUCACUUGUCAGAUACCUCAAGGGAUUCAGAAACUACAAAGCCUUCUGCAAAUGGGCAUCAGAAAGCACUGUGAGACCUGACUGCCUCCGUAGCACUCUACAGCAAGUCCGGACAACUGAUUCAUGACAUUCCCAUAGAUACUGUUCCUUCUGAUGGGUCUGGACCCAGCUGACCGUGCCCUUUCGCAUAAGUACUUACAACUUAGCACUAGUCACCUGUGUCUCCUCUGAGGUUUCUGAGUGACCUGGUAUGAUAGCUUUUGGUUAAACCCUGAGUCUUAGAGACUGAGGAAAAGCUGUGUGUCUAUAGCAGGAACUAUCUGGAUGGGAGGUGACGACUUGGACUUUCCUAUGCUUUUGCUUUACACCAUGAGAAGUUUGGUUCUGCAGGCAGAAGCCUGCCUCAAAGUCAUCUGGUACCCCAAAGCAUUUCCACAAGGUCCUGGAAACUGUUGUACAAUAACAAACUACAGUUUUAUUUAAAAAACCAAAAGCAGAUUUUCUGAUUCAUCUUACAGAAUCUUCAUUAGACUUUGAGCCAGUGGAAAAUACUAGAUUCUUUAAACACCUGAGCCUUGGUGGGCAGCCCCAGGACUAUUUUUUUGUGGUAAGCUGCAGUAUGAAGCACAUGUGAUUGUAGAUUUGGACAGUGUGUGUGUACCUGAUAAUACUUUUCACAGCACAGUGCCAGUGUUGUACACACCUUAGACUUUGCCUUAUAGGCUGUAUGUACAUUCAUUUUUUAAAACCUUUUUUUCAAAAACUA